CAAGCGUUCACAAGUAAGUAUGCGAUGUACAGCGAGGAUGAGUCAGUGCUCUAAACCCCCGUUAUACUGUGACGCGUCGAGUCAAGUCAUCGGAUCUCUUAACCGCACAAUAAUGAUGGGUGGUAGACUGCUAUCUGCCACAAACAACAUGCGUUGUGAGUACUAGACUACCUCAGAUCCUUGCUCAUCAGCAACCAGAGAUGAGUGAGUCAGAACCUAGCGCCAGUCCUGAAUUUUCCCAACCCUGGAGGCGACGAUGGAACCUCUCUGCUGGACUCUAGCCAGUCCUCGGCGUGGCAACUCUCUGCCAAUUACAUGUAUUUGCUUUGCAAACAUUAGUUUUGUUCGUGGUUGCGCAUGGACGUGGCAUGGCCCGCAACAGGACCAGCUGCGAUAGCAAUCUACAUUGCAUCAGCUGCUAGCUAGCUAGACUGCCACCGAUACAGCAUUCAACCUGUCCCAAUUGCUCUACUACAUGUACUUGCUACAAGUAUCUAGAGGUCGAGUGGGCAGAAUGCUUGACGGCUGAUUCGACGACAACUGGUGCGUACCAAAAAAUAAACCAUCAAAAUGAAGUUUGCUGCUGCCAUCACCCUCUUCGCUGCUUCUGCCAGUGCUUUCGGCCCCUUCAGUGGUGGAGCGAAGAAGGCUGCUGCCGUUGCUACCCCUGCAUUCACUGUUGAAACCAUUCCUGGAGCUCUGGAACCCAUGGGCAUCUGGGAUCCUCUUGGAUUUGCUGCCAAGGCUGACGAGAAGACCCUCAAGCGAUACCGUGAGGCUGAGCUCACCCAUGGACGUGUUGCCAUGCUUGCCACUAUUGGUUUCUUGGCUGGAGAAGCUGUUGAGGGAUCCUCUUUCUUGUGGGAUGCCAGUGUCACUGGUCCUGCCAUCACCCACCUUACCCAGGUCCCCCCUCUCUUCUGGGCUCUUUUGGCAACUGGAAUUGGUGCUGCUGAACAAAAGCGUGCUGAAAUUGGCUGGGUUGAACCUUCGAAUGUCCCUGUUGACCAACCAGGCCUCUUGCGUGCUGAAUACACCCCUGGUGACAUUGGAUUUGAUCCCCUUGGCUUGAAGCCUGAGGAUCCUGAGGAGCUUAUGGUCCUCCAAAACAAGGAACUCCAAAAUGGCCGCCUGGCUAUGCUUGCUGCUGCUGGAUUCAUGGCUCAAGAAUUGGCCGAUGGAAAGGGAAUCAUGGAGCACUUGAUGAACUAAAUUGGUGCAGCAAUACACAUUCUUCUGGUGGUUGAGUGGUUCAUGAUGUGAUGCCUCUUUGCCGAGGUUGUACAUAUGAAUGGGUGGCUUCACUGCUGUGGAAGACUGCCGAGGGCAACGAAUGCUCAAUGGCGAAAUGAAAAAUAGUCUCACAACCUUUGUACAUAAAUAGUAAUUGAAAGAUUACAAGCUU